ACAGAAGGAGAAGAGAGAGUGAGCGUGCUGUGGGCUGCUCAUCAGCCUGAAUGCUAUAAAACAUCCCCCCUUAUUCACAGCUUGCUUGCUGUAAAGGACAAAGGCUCGCAGUACAAACCAGCUAUUCUUUAUUGUUCCUAUUCUGGAGAGCUAGAGCUUUUAUGGUCAGGCUUCUGCUACCAUUUUUCCUGAUGACUCCACAGGGCACAGCACCGGCCACAGAAACCCUGAGUCAGCACCUGGAGUACCUUGGGCUCUAUGGAGGUGACACAGAAGCUGAAGAUCAGAUCCUUGAAAGUCUGAAUGGGAUUCUCCUGGCUCUUACUGAAGAUAAGCAGAGAUCCUUCAGCCUACUCAGAGAGAGUGGGAUCUUCCUAAUUUUGGCAAAAAUCCUGAAGGGUAAUCCACGAUGUGCAGUGAAAGCAGCCCAGGUGCUUUCAGAGAUAGCCAAGAAUGAGGAAAUGAAGAAGCCAUGUAUUGAGGCAGAUUUGGUUGUAACUUUGAUACCUCUGCUGGAGAGCACAGACCCAGAAAUGUUGCUACACGCUGGGAGGGCUAUUGGCCGUAUCUGUUAUGAUAAUCGGGAUCUUCAGGAAGAGCUGGUAAAGGUGGGAGUAAUCACAUCACUAGUCCGGAUACUAACUGAUUAUGCUGAGAGUGAACCACUUGUCCACGUUGAUCUAUUGGCCUUAUGCAAUCUUGCAGACCUCGAUAUAGCCAAGGAAGCUCUAAGCAAGACAAAGGUUGCUGAACAGCUGGUGAAACAACUGAGAAGAGCAGAGAACCAUGAGAGGUUAGAAAUUGUCUUCGAGGUCCUGCAAGCACUUGCGGAAAAUGAUGCUCUGAAGGUGCAGUUGGUGGAGGCAGGCGUGCAAGAGGUGCUCUCUGAGAUCCUGCUGAAGCUCCAGGGCAGUUCACAAGCUGAAGACACAUGCAUUGUGAAGGCUGCAUCAGAUCUCAUUGUCUCUCUGCUUCUUGGAGAUGGCAACUGUGUACGAAUGGUACAGCUGGGAGUCAUACAUCAGCUUCUGGACCUUUUGGAGAAACACGUAGAGAGUGGGGACGUCUCUGUUCAACGUGCUGCACUCUGUGCACUUCGAAACCUCGCUAUACCAGUUGUUAACAAGGUUCAAAUUCUGGAGGAAAACGUGGCAGAACGGAUUCAGGCACUUCUGAGGUCAGAGAUGCCUCCUGUGCAGUUCAAACUUCUUGGAACACUACGGAUGUUAGCAGACGGUCAAGCUGAUGCAGCCGAAAUCUUGGGACAAGAUCCCAUGCUGCUCAACAGACUUGUACAGUGGUGCGACGCUAACGACCACACCGGUGUUCAUGGAGAAGCAAACCGACUGCUAGCAUCGAUCUUGCGUCACAACAGAUCCCAAGAAGUGGUAAAAGCUAUCCAGGAAGCACAAGGAGUGAAGCAUUUGGUUUCCAUGACAACAAGCGAACACGCUACCAUGCAGAAUGAAGCUCUGAAUGCCUUGGCAAUAGCAUCUGCCAUCGAUUUAGAAACCCUUGAAGAAUCUUUUAAGGAAUCACAGCUAGUUCAAAGCUUACACAAACUCCUACAAGAUGAUAACACAAGUCCUGAGGUGAAAUAUAAUUCAAUGGGUCUUUUGUGCCGUCUUCUUAAUUCAGGUGAUCUGAGACAUGAAAUUCAAGAGGACAAGGUUGAAGAAACCCUCGAACAACUCUGCAGUCACAGCAAUACAAAUGUGGUCCAGGCAGCUGGCACAACACUACAGGUUUUGAGAGGAGAGGCACCUCACUAGCCUCCCUUCUCCCCCAUAGAGACCCUGCACUGCUGCUGAGGCAAAUGCAAUGAAAAACAGCAUUGCCAAUCCUAACUUGCAUUUGUCACGCUGCUGCAUGUCAACACUACUGGAGCCCAGGUACAGCUCCUGAUUUUAAAGCUGUGCAUACAAAAAAAAAUACCAUUUGCUUAUCUGUGGUCUAUAGAUGCUUGCAUUACCACUGCUCUUCACUGAGCACUAACGCAGCAGCUCGAAUAAAGCCUGUCAAGUAAGUGGUCUUAGAAAAGAUCACAAAAAGUAACAAGCAAUUACCCCUUCUGCAACACAUUUUUAAGCUGCUUGGUUUUGUCAGAUCAGGAUCUCACUUGCAAGUUUGUCUUGUAUCAAUGGUACUUUAAAAUCAUUACAAGGAAACCUCAAGCUUAUAUCACACAAACUGAAACAAUGAGGCUUUAGAUUAGAUGAGUUCUUCAGCUAUAACAAUUCUAAGGGCUGUCAGCAAAUCAGUGACAAUUGUGCACAUUGUGAGUCAACCUGUGAACCCAGAUGUUAAAUAAACAGGUUAAAACCACAACACUGUACCUUUAAACCAACUGCCCCUUCAAUUUUCAAUUUUAAAGCACACCUGAGUUUUUACCUGCCCGUGUCACAAGCUAUAUUAUUACUUAGUAGCUGAGGUUAUGGUCUUGUACUGAUUUUGAGGUUGCAGCUGUUGUAACCUGGAGUGAGAUUCAGUAGAAGGAAAGUUUACAAGAAACUGCAGUGUCCACACACUGCUCGGAUAAGAUACAAAUUCAAUCUAGUUAGAAAUUACAAGUGGGCACAUGUGAAGAUCUGGAAGCAGCUGGCAUUUCAUUAUCUCCAGUAAGACAACUAGGAUUUAACUUUAGAGAAUUAAAAACUGUAGUAAACCAAAAGGCUCUGAACAUUUCCUAAGAAAGUUUUUGUGUUCAAAAAUUUUAAAAAAGUCAUUUGGCAAGCAACACACAAGCAGAUGUUAACCACACAGUAGGAGGAAAAAAACCAAGAGCUGAACUAGGUGCAGUUCCCUCUAGCUUAAAGCAUGCAGUAAUACAGGCAUCCUACACAUUUCCAAUGUCAAAAUGAGAAACAGCUUUAGACAAUCUCAACUUCCGAAUAAGAUCUGGGGUUGUGCCUAAACCCUGUGUUAGUAUGAGAUAUCACAAUAUUACAUGAUCUAUACACACCAAACGGCCAUAUCCAAGUUAAGUCAUUCUUACCUGAAAUGAUGCAGCCUUAAUGUUCUAGAGUAUUAUCUAAGUUCAAAUACUGCAUUAUUCUAAUACAGCCAUUAUCUACUUGUUAAAUGUUUCCCUGACCUUAUUAAAAGCAAGAUCAGGUUUUAAUGUAUUAAAGAAACAUUAAAACGGUCAAAACAGCAAACAAACCUAUUUCUGCAAGCCUCAUCUUCAAACCUGGAAGUCACUUUCCUUCUGUGCUCUUAAGAGUUGUUUCAGGAACACUGCUCAGACAUGACAAAACAGACUGCAAAAAUCACAAAAGCGAUAACUGUGGAUAAUGUCAAAGUGCAAACAGCAGUUUUGAACUUUUUGGGUGUUCACUACUCUGCAGCUCUUCACUUGUUCAUGGCUUUCUAUUAACAAUGGAUGGAAAAGCAUGAGCAGGAUCUUUUCUGUAGCCCAGAUGGAAAAAAGAAAUCAAGAACCAGUUUCAGCAAAACAUACGCAUGAACACUAGCAGAUUUUUACCAUUUCUGUAGUUAUCCACAAACUGUAGUCUCCAUAGCCAAUCUAAACCUUAGGAGAGGGAAAUACUAGUAACUAGAAGCAACAAACUCUAGAAAUCAAAACUCCAAAAGUACAAAACAUUAAAAUUUUAUUUAAUCAAAUUUAAGGCUUGAGAAAAAAAAUACACUGAAAGUCAGUCAGAAAAGCCAUGGCAGAAGAAGAGACAAACUUCCUUUCCACUGGCUAAACAACGUUCAAGCUGCAUGAUAACCCACAGAGGAAAGGAAGAGAAAAGGGUGGAAUGGGGAAGACAAAACCCAAGACAAUUCUAGAUAUAAGCUAAUUGUCACAUCAACCUCAACUGACUGGAGAUACAAGUCUAUCCAUGUGGCACUGUAGAAGGGUCACCAAAACUAAAGACCCUGGGACAUUCAGGUUUUCAGGAAGUGACAGAAGCACUUUGGUCACUACACUUCUUUCAGUGCUUAUAUUCAUCCUCUUCACGUGCAGGAAAAUUGUGCCCAAAAGCAGGUAUAUUAAUAGGAACAGAAGGGCAGAUGCGCUGUCACACAUACUGACAAAUAAAUACACUGCUUCACAGAAAUAAAUUGUGCUCAUUUCUGAGAAAUAAAAGCAAUCCCACCGAAAAGUUUCCUUCUCAGUCUAGUUAUUCAAGUCCGAUCUCAUAUUUGACAUCUUCACUAAAAACCUUGUUUCCGUUGUAGUGUUGUGGAGUUGUUCCAAAUGCAACCGCUGACAUCUUGACAGCAACGAUUUAUCAAACCUCUUUGUGAGAUCAUCGAAUCGCUUCUCCUUCAAGGCUUUAGAGGCAGGUUCAGGCCCAACUGCUUUUGCUGACAAGGCUUUUUCAAACCAUAACCUAUAUCUAGCCAUGAGGUCACUGCAGGUCCACAGAGACGUUGUUGAAUAUAACUAAGUAGAAAGUGAUAAGACAGUACUCCCAUCCCAGAGUCUGGGAUUAUGCAAGCCACGGGUACUACCAAUGGGGGUGUGCUUCAAAAUGCCCAAGGUAAGGCAGACUAGAGCCCCAGCAUUUUAAAAGUGAUACAAAGUAGGCAAAGAGGGGGUUGUCCACAGUGAAACCAAAUCACUCCAUGAAUUUCAAGGAUCCUCAACUAGCCUGAACUUUCUCUCCUGAAUUCAGUUCCAAAUAACUGUUCAAUUGAUACAAAGCUGGUGUUAAUAUGGCCAAAGCCAGUGAGAACAAACUGUGGAAACACAACAUGUCCAUUAAAUUCUGUUUUGCAUACAAACAGUACUUCAAAAAGAAACCAAGUAUUUAUUUGUCCUCAGGCAACUUGGCACGAUUUGCAGGUGCUGAAAUCCCGAUUCCUGACGCUGCCUCUUCUCAGAUCUCUUUUGACACCAGGAUGAUUUUCACCAACUGCUCAAAUUACUUCCCAGCACCAGUAGCAAUCUGUACCUAGAAGUGGCAAAGGGAAAUGCGCUCCACAGAUGCAAUUUUCAAUGCAAUGUUUUACAAAUAAAAAAGUACAAGUAGCAAGCAUCCUUCUCCAAUUUUACAUACAUCAGAUUAUUACACAUAACCUUAGCAGAGUAGUGUUGUUGAUGGGGUGGUGUAAAGUUUCAAGCACCAGAGUUUAAAGCAAAGGCUGCUGGACACUGCUUUGCUGCUUCCCAAGUAGCAGUAACAGCAGCAAAUUUUGGCUGCUCCCAAUGAACUAUAUUCAACAAAGGAGUAAUACAGACAUCAAAUUCAAGGCUCUACAGGAGAAAUGCCUCUCACUGUCCCCUCAGUGAUCUACUAUUGUUUCCAUGUUGUAUUUCAAACCUACCAAAGAAUAAAAAUCACCGUGCAGUUCUGGAGAUUUUACUCUGUGUUUUUCAGAUGAAAAAUAGAACUGUUCUCUGCUACAGCAAGGAAAUCAGCCAUCCCUAGACAAAACUUCCUUUUCCUGUUGUGUCUCAAAUGUGGGCCAGAAAAAGAACCACAAAAGCUGAACUUAAGUCCACGUGAGAAGUACAGCACCGUCUGUGAAGUGCUUUGCAGAUUAAAAGCUAGAAGGACAUCUGGACAAUCAAUACAGACACAGAUUCUUACUGUUCAUCAGCUUUUGCCAGCAAAGUGUUGGUUAAUACAUGCAUAAUAGAAAAAAAGGAUAUUUGAUAUUUAAAAGCUUGGCUUCCUAUGAGAGCCACAAACUUUGGAAACAGAAGUAUUAAAUCCUUCAGGCAGACUACAUGUAGUAAAAUACCAUUAUAAAAAUAUAUACUUCUCUAAAAUUUACACUAUGUUAGGCACUGUAAAUAAACCUGCUCUCCCUGAAAACAUCGGUGUCACUGGAAGCAGUAAACAGUGUUACUUAUAUGGCCCAAAAAUGACAGCUAUGGUAAUUUCCAAGAACUUUUCAGUCACAUAUCUUAAAGAUAAAAAUACUACCCCGAAGUAUUUUAGAGAACACUGGAACUUUUACUGAAGUACAGAUCUAUCAACUGAUCUCCCAAGAUGGGAGAAGGAGAGUUUAGUUUUCUUCUGAUAAAAAAUAAAAACUGACUUCAGUAUGAGUAGUUAAAUUUGACACAGAAAACUGCUGUGAAGUAAUC